AGUGGGCACAGCAGCUGUGUGCACUGCACGGAGAGGUUAUGGUCAGACUCAGUCAGUUUUCGUGUGAAUGAGCGGUUGUGAGAAGGAAGGAUGACUAAAGAGUAACGGAGGAAGAAAAGAGGGCCGAGCGUUUUACACUGAGCUCCAGGAAGUCCCAAACCGCUACGUUUGCAGAAACGCAGAGGAAUAGUGGAUGGACUGAAAGAAAAAAAAUCUACCCGGUUAACCUUUGAACCGUCUUCCUUUGUCCUCGCAAGAAGUCACAAGACUAACUCCCGUAUAAUUUCACGAAUGACAGCCCUAACGAAACCACACGUUCAGAACAAAGCCAGAAGGAAGACACACACACCAUGUCCUCUGUCCAUUUCAAUCCAGGGUCAGAUUCAGGUGUGAAUGGAAACAUAGCAAAGAUGGAGGAUGCUUCAGUGGAGAUAGAUGAUGGAAAGGAUGACAGUGUGGUACCAGACACUAUGUAUCACAAUAUCCGGAAGAAGAUUGAACCUUUUGUUAUGUCUUUUGGAUUUCGUGUAUUUGGAGUGGUACUGAUCCUUGUGGACUUUGUGCUGGUGAUUGUGGACCUGUCCCUGCCAGCCAAGAGCAGAGAUGUUGGAGAUGCCUUAGAGGCUGUGUCCCUCAUCAUUUCCUUUUUCUUUCUCGCUGACGUCCUCCUGCGAGUUUAUGUGCAAGGGUUCAGAGUUUAUUUCAGCUCCAAGCUGAACAUCGUAGACGCCUGUGUUGUGGUAAUCACGCUGGUGGUCACCAUGAUCUACACCUUCACUGACCUGUCAGGAGCCAGUCUCAUCCCCAGGGUGGUGUCGUUUUUCCGUUUCCUGAGAAUAAUAAUCCUGGUGCGGGUUUUCAGACUGGCAGCUCAGAGGAAAGAGCUGGAGAAGGUCACCAGGAGGAUGGUUUCUGAGAACAAGCGGCGUUAUCAGAAGGAUGGUUUCGACCUUGACCUAACCUAUGUCACAGACCGUGUCAUCGCCAUGUCUUUCCCCUCCUCUGGGAAGCAGUCAUUCUACAGGAAUCCAAUCAGGGAGGUGGCCAGGUUCUUAGACACUAAACAUGACGGCCACUAUAAAGUUUACAACCUGUGCAGUGAGAAAGGCUACGACCCCCAGUUCUUCCACUACAAGGUUGAGCGGGUGUUCAUUGAUGACCACAAUGUCCCCUCCUUGGAGGACAUGCUGAAAUACACAGCAAAUGUGAGGGACUGGAUGUCUGCUGAUCCCAAAAACAUCAUCGCUAUUCACUGUAAAGGAGGGAAAGGACGCACAGGUACUAUGGUGUGCACCUGGUUAAUAGACAGUGACCAGUUUGAGAGCGCACAGGACAGUCUGGAGUAUUUUGGUGAGAGGAGGACGGACAAGAGUCGGAGCUCCAAGUUUCAGGGAGUGGAGACUCCCUCUCAGAGCCGGUACGUGGGGUACUAUGAGGUCAUGAAGACCAAGUUCAACAGACAGCUGCCUCCACCUAAAAGCCUCAGGAUCAAGAGCGUCCGCAUCCACUCCAUAGCAGGUGUGGGUAAAGGUGAUGGCAGUGAUCUCAAAGUGAAGAUAAUUGUGAGGAAAGAGCUGGUGUUUCAGUGUGUGUGUGCCAAACAGGAGAACUGCACAGUAUUUCCUGAUGUGGGCAACAACGCAGCAGUCAUCAGCCUACAGAAUGGGCCUGUGGUUGAUGGGGACGUGAAGGUUAUGUUUGAAUCGAGUGCUGGUCUUCCAAAAGGAUAUGAGGAUGUCCCGUUCUACUUCUGGUUCAAUACCUCCUUCAUAGAGGAUAACAAGCUGUUUCUAUCCAGGGAAGAGCUGGACAACCCACACAAACCGAAAACCUGGGACCUGUACAAGGAGGACUUUGGUGUCACUAUGUUCUUCUCAGACCCAUAAUAAAAGCCCUUUAGAACAACGAAGUGGCUUGUUACAGUUGUACCUUGAAUGAUGGAUGGUGAGCAGAAAUUGGUAGUUUGAACACUAACUCAAGAACUGAAUGAGAGUUUGGUGUCUAAAUUGAAGAGAGGCACAAAAUGAUAAGUUCACAUGUAUGAUCUUGAGACCAGUGGGGUUGCUCACCGGGUCAAAUCAUGUAGGCUGCAGCGUUGCUCUGAUGAGUCAUGGCACUUAAAGUGAAAUUUACAAUGGAGAGAUAUGUGAAGAAUUAAAUAAUGUGAUGUCUG